AUGUCGGCCCCACGAACGAAGCGUCCUUUCGCCGGCGCCUCAGUCGACCCUUCUCAACGUCAAAUCACCUCCUUCUUUACUACCCGCCCCGGCCCAGCUCCGGCAGGUCCCUCGCCGACUCCGGCCGAGACCAACAACAUCCCAUCGGAGGUCCAGUCCAACCUCCUUUCCGUCGGCAUGCGCAUCCGCAAGUCCGUGCCCGAGGGUUACAAGACGGGCACCUACAGCAGCUUCAAGCUGUGGAGCGAAUCUGCCUCCGCCCCCACCGUCGUCCGGACAACCCCGUCGACCACCUCCCGCAAGCAACGCAGUGCCGCCUCCUCCCAGCGCGAGCUCAUGCCCUUCUGCGGCAUCAAUAAAAUUGGCGGUCUCUCCUCUCAGCCUGUGACAGAGGACAAUGACUCCGACGACGCCGAGGUCCCGGGCCUGGACGACAUGCCCGGCCUGAGCAGCUCCCAGGAGAGCGUCGAGAGUGUCGAUAGCAUGGAUAGCGUCGAGACCACCGGCGACGGACGCAGCCGCAAGCGCAUCUUCGAUGACCGCGACGACAGCGAUGAGCCCGUGCAGAUGUGGGUGGAUCGCAGCGCGUGGAUGGAGGGCGAGGUGAGCCCACGCAGCCUGGCGCCCUCUGGCUGGGCGAACGCGAGGACCCUUGCGGUGCCGAGGAAGAGCCGCCGCGGCAAGCCUAUGGGCCAGGAGAAUGUGGUCGACGACGAUUUCGAGGAUGCCGAUUUUCUCGUCACCCCCGAUACCGAUAUGAGCGAUGCGUAG